AUGGGGCGUAUGGACGGACCCCACAGGCUUCCAGACACCUUGCCAGCUGGUGGCGGCCGCGCGUCGAUUAUGCCUGCUUUCUCUACCGGAGCCAUCAAGGACCCACGUCCGAUUCGUGAUCGCACGUUCCAGAGUGACUGCCAUGCCAACAUCCAAGAGUUCCUUGCCCGGCGCAAAGUGCAACUCGCCCUCACUCCAAAAUGGCUGUCUUCGCCCACUCAGCGUGACUUUCAGAACGUCUUUCGUUUCCUCGCGGAUGAACUUGUUGGCCCAGGGUUCCCUUGGGGCAAGAAGUUCGAAGAUGACUGCCUUGCAAUCAUGAGGGACUUGCGCUACCCGGUCAUGGAUGCUGUUGGUAAAACAGCCCUGACCGCCCCAGGAAGUCCCAAUGCUUGGCCCAACGUCCUGGCGAUGCUCAAUUGGAUGGUGGAUCUGUGCAAGGCUCAAGAACAUUGCAACGAUGCCGACGUCGUGUCUGAUCCUUUACUUUGCCCAGCCAGCGAGCUACCUGUCAAUCACCCGCAGAUUGAGGAUCGGCUGCUGUGGGACUUCUGCGCCAAAACGUACCGAGAGUGGUUUGAGGAGGGCGCGGAGGAGUUCCCACAUGCUGAACGCGAGUUGGAAGAAGCGUUCGAAAGGAUUGUGGCUGCAUCUAUCGAUGAGUGUGAGCGCGUCGAGACGGAGGUCAACAAGAAGGACGUGGAACUACGACAGCUGCAAGCUCAAGAGCCUCCACUGAAGAAUCUCGAUGAAGAAUACCUUCAGCUCAUGAGCGACAAGACCAAAUUCCUUGCCUUUAUCGAUCUUCAUCGCCAAAAGGCAGAGAAGAUGAAACAAAACAUCACAAAUGCUCAAGCGGCGAAGACUGAGAAUGGCAAGUCUGGACGCAACAUUCUGGCGGCGCGCAGUGAGCUGGCGGAAACUGAAGCGGCCGUAGCUGCGCAGAACCUCUCGCCUGACGAGGUGAACCGAAUGAAUCACGAGAAGGAGGCACUGUCCCGGAACCUCGAUGAGCUUCGGAGCAAGAUCGCAGAGGCCAACAACCACGCGUGUGACCAAGAAAUGCUAGUCACCAAGUCGAUGGAUCGCUUCGAUCAACUGCUUCAAGACUACACCGCCUUGGGUCAUCAGAUUGGCACCAUGUCCACCAACGUCGACGGUGUGCAGCCAGAGCUCCAAGGUAUCGACUUUGCAUUCGAGCUGGAUCUUGGCGCGGAGAGCCUUAUCGAUAUCCGUGAUCAAGGGCGCUCCCAAGUACAAAUCAUUCGACCAGCGCUACAAGGCUAUUGUGAGCACUUCCGUCGACAGGUUCGCCAGCUCCAGGAUGACGCUAUCGCCUUGGACGACGAGAACGACCGUAUAGCCCAAGACGUUGAGAGGCAGAGGGAGGAUGUGGCGCGCCGCGAGAUGCGAUUCAAGCUCGUCCACGACCAAGCUGAGGAGGCCAAGAUUCAAAUGCAAACGGAAGCGGCCGAGACCAACCGAACCGUUUCCAAGCUGGAAUCGGAAGUGUCAGCAAUGUCAACAGCCAGCCAGCAGGGACUGUUCAGCACACAGUCACAGCUUGAAAGCACCAAGAUCGAGUUCGAGGAGCUCCGCCACCAGACACAGGCGCUUCAAGAGGGUAUUGUCACUCAGCUGAUGAGUCACAUCGAUGUGGUCAUCAAGGCCAAAGAGCAUACCGCCAACAGUCUCAAGGGUGUAAGGAGUUUUGCCGAACAAGCGCAGUGA